CUAUUGAUAUUCUGUGGAUUGGAAUGUCUGCUGAUAGUGCCAAGGAGUGUGAGAAUUUUUGUUUUGGGAAGAAUAUAUAAAAAAAAAUAGAAAAUUACCUGAGUCUGAGGGGUUUUCUCAAAAAAUUACUGAUAAAGCUUACCUUCCUUAAUUUUUUAACUAUGGCAUCGUCUCUUGAAAACCUAGAAACUCAACUAGAAAUGUUUAUCGAGAACGUUCGUCAAAUUCACAUAAUUGUUAGUGAUUUUCAACCUCAGAGUCAGAAUGUAUUGAAUCAAAAAUUGCAAGCACUUGUGAGUGGUUUGCAGGAAGUAGAUAAGUUAAAAUCGCAGGUGAAAGAUGUUCAUGUACCAUUGGAAGUAUUCGACUACAUUGAUCAAGGAAGAAAUCCCCAAUUAUAUACUAAAGAUUGUAUAGAAAAAGCUCUGGCGAAAAAUGAACAAGUCAAAGGAAAAAUUGAUGCCUACCGUAAAUUCAAAGCAAACAUGUUACUUGAGUUGACAAGGACCUUUCCUAAUGAUCUCAAUAAAUACAGAGCAUUCAGAGGAGGAGAAUAAAGAGAAAUUUUCAGUUAACUUAUGAAAUAUAUUUUUUGAAUAAUUUAUUAUUACAAUAUUAUGUACAAGUUCUAGGUAUUAAACAUUAAUUAAGUA